AUGGUUGUUUCCGGGCCAAUUACGCCUGGGCAGGUGUCUUUCUUGCUGGGAGUUAUUCCAGUUUUUGUUUCUUGGAUAUAUUCAGAAUAUUUAGAGUACAAGAAAACCUCGUCUCCUAUUAAAGUUCAUUCAGAUACUAAUCUUGAUGAGUUGGAGAAGGAUACAAUUAAGGAAGAUGAUCGUGCCAUUUUGCUGGAAGCAGGGCUUACAAGAUCAGCAUCAGCAAAAUUGCAUGCAUCAUCUGUCAAAAUGAAUUUAAUUCGGUUCUUGACCAUGGAUGAUUCUUUCUUGCUAGAAAAUCGGGCAACUUUGAGGGCAAUGGCUGAGUUUGGGCUGAUUCUGUUUUAUUUCUACAUAUGUGAUCGAACCGACUUGCUUGGAGCUUCAACAAAGAACUAUAAUCGGGAUCUUUUCAUUUUCCUCUUCAUGCUUCUGCUUAUAGUUUCAGCAAUGACUUCUUUGAAAAGACAUAAUGACACAUCAUCAUUUUCUGUACGAAGCAUGCUUUACCUUAAUCGGCAUCAAACAGAAGAAUGGAAAGGAUGGAUGCAGGUCCUUUUUCUAAUGUAUCAUUAUUUUGCUGCAACGGAGAUAUACAAUUCAAUACGUGUUUUCAUUGCUGCGUAUGUUUGGAUGACUGGGUUUGGCAACUUCUCCUAUUAUUAUAUAAGAAAAGAUUUUAGCCUUCCACGCUUUGCUCAGAUGAUGUGGCGGCUUAACUUUUUCGUGGCCUUCUGUUGUAUCGUGCUUAACAACGACUAUAUGCUCUAUUAUAUAUGUCCAAUGCACACGCUUUUCACUUUGAUGGUGUAUGGAGCAUUGGGUAUAUAUAAUAAGUACAAUGAAGUUAGAUCAGUGAUGGCCGCAAAGUUUGUGGCAUGCUUUCUUGUUGUGAUCUUGAUUUGGGAAAUUCCAGGAUUCUUUGAAAUAUUCUGGAGCCCAUUUGCAUUCUUUUUGGGUUAUACUGAUCCUGCAAAGCCUGAUGCACCCCGAAUGCAUGAGUGGCAUUUCAGAUCUGGUCUUGAUCGCUACAUCUGGAUAGUUGGAAUGAUUUAUGCCUACUUCCAUCCAAAUGUUGAGAAAUGGAUGGAAAAAUUAGAAGAGUGUGAAAUCAAGAGAAAAUUAACAAUCAAAACCAUCAUUGUGUCAGUUUCUUUAUUUGUUGGGUACUUGUGGUAUGAAUACAUAUACAAGCUGGACAAAGUUUCAUAUAACAAACUUCACCCAUACACCUCGUGGAUUCCAAUCACCGUUUACAUUUGCUUGAGGAAUUUCACUCAGCACAUACGGAAUUUCUCCUUGACCCUCUUUGCGUGGCUUGGCAAAAUUACUUUGGAGACUUACAUUUCACAGUUUCACAUUUGGUUGAGAUCAAAUAUGCCAAAUGGACAGCCCAAGUGGCUUCUUUCUUUUAUCCCACAGUAUCCUAUGCUCAACUUCAUGCUUACUACUGCUUUAUACGUCUUGGUAUCUCAUCGACUUUUUGAAUUAACAAAUACCCUCAAGACAGUGUUCCUACCCACAAAAGACAAUCGAAAGCUUUUGCAUAAUUUUAUUACUGGGGUCGUCAUUUCUGUUUCUUUAUACUGCAUGGCUCUUAUUCUAAUUCAGAUUCCUCAUUCAACGGUUUGA